UGGGUAGGAAGACAGCAGUAGUGCAAGUAAAGUGUGCUGUACCACGAUGAUCCGAAGACUGGCUGCUUUGAUUCUUCUUAGUACAGUGUCUGUGAUUCAAACUGCAGAGGUUCCUCGCCUGAUCCCUUUGACUGAGGUUGAAGUUGGUGAUAAUGUAACAUUUCACUGUCCAGUUUCUGAAGAGCAACUCAUGUUCUGGUAUAAGCAGCCUCCUGGAUAUAUGGUCCAAACAGUUGCUACAAUAACUUAUUCCAACCCAGUACUUGGUGGACAAUUUAAUAACUCACGUUUCAGUGUCACAAAGGAGAAGGCUCAGUCUCUUCUCACCAUCAGAAAUGUAACUAAAGAGGAUGAAGCAACAUACUUCUGUCAAAGUGGAACAGUUUAUUCACUGAACUUUGUUAAUGGCACCUUCCUGGCUGUAAAUGAUCAGAAUCAGCAGAAACACGUCUAUGUGAAACAAAGUCCGGAGAAAGCAUCAGUGCAGCUGGGAGACUCAGUGACUCUGCAGUGUUCACUUCUCUCCAAGAACAAAGAAAACAGAGUCCAGUGUCCAGGUGAACACAGUGUGCACUGGUUCAGAUCUGGAUCAGGAGGAUUUCAUCCAGGCAUCAUCUACACUCACAGCAGCAGGAGUGAUGAACAAGAGGGAAGAAGCUGUGUCUACAGUUUGUCCAAAACUAUGCAGAACUCCUCUGAUGCUGGGACUUACUACUGUGCUGUGGUCACAUGUGGAGUGAUCUUGUUUGGUGAAGGAAGUAAAGUGGAGACAGUAGCAGAACUGGACACAGUUAACAUUGUGCUUGGAGGACUGCUGACCUGCUGUGUGACAGUGAUUGUUGCGCUUAUUUUCUGCUUAAAUCGAAGAAGAGUUUGUGAACAUUGCAAAGGAUCAAUGAGUGCCUCUCAUAAUCCUGGACUUGACAAGUCGGAAAUGGACCAAUCAACUGACCUGGAUGGUGAUGCAGAAGCAGUGAACUAUGUAGCACUGGAUUUCUCUAGAAGGAGCGUGAAAAGGGGGAGGACGAAGAGAGAGUCACCACAGGAGAGUGUGUACUCUGCUGUGAAAACAGACUAUCACACCUCAUACACAUCACGCUAACCCAGGCAGAGAAUGUGAAAACACACACACACACACACACACACACACACGCACACACACACAGUGUUGUUCAUAUAAUAUUUGUAAUGGCAUUCAUUUUAACCAGAUAGUUUAAAAAUAAACUUUAAGUUCAUAAACGUCAUGAUGUAUAUGUGUAUGUUUGUUUUACAUUAGCACCUACAAUAGGUUCAGUUCAUCCCGUGUCAAAUUCAACCUGCGAGAACAUGACUGGUGAUGGACUGAGAAAAGGAGGAAAGCUGAAGUUGAAACUAGUAACUAGUCUCAAAUAAUUCAAAACUGCAUUUAUAUGCAUUUUCACAUCCAACAGAAACACACUGGCUUUUACUCAUGCCCCACAAUGAUUCCAUUAUACAAUGAUUCUCUUACUGUUCUUAAAGAAGAACAGUAAGAAAAAAAAACUGAUUGUCAUUUAACGUCCUAUGCAGCAUUUCUGUAUUUCAUUCAGCAUGUGAUGGUCACUUCACUGAAUGAACAUGGUCACUGAAAUAUCGGUUGGCAGGUGGU